AUGUCGCGCCACCUGACCUCGCGAUUCUCUACGCUCGAAAAAAUGUCUCCGUUCUUAGUUGCCAUCUUUUUGCUUGGCCUGUGCCUGGCAAACGCCGUCAACUUCACAACCGUCUACGAGUGGGAGCGGGACACAUUUGAUUUCGUCUGGCCAUCAGGAGCGGACAGUUCAACUGGACAGAUUAAAGAUAAAUACAGUCCGGAGAAUGUUUAUCCUAAAUACAUGGCUGUUUUUGGACAAAGGCUGUUUCUAAGCCUCAAUAUGGAAUCAGGAAUUCCCGCCACACUGGUGUGGCUGCCAACGAGCAUCAAAUCGACUGCACCUCCAAAGCUUGCUCCUUUUCCAUCCUGGCAUUUACAUGAAAAAGACAACUGCGAGAAUAUUAAAGAGGCCAAAGGAAUGGAAACUGACACUGAUGGCCGGUUGUGGGUGCUCGAUGAAGGUAGCAGAAAUUGUCCAGGCAAAAUUUGGAUAUUCAACCUGGUCAACAACGACACAAUCGAGCGCGUUCACCACUUCCCGGACUCAGUCGUCUCUCAUUCAUAUGAUAAAAGGUGGCUGCACGAUAUCGUGCUCGACAAAACGCAAGACGAUUAUCUUGCGUACAUCACGGACUCAAGAUCUGAGCGCAUCGUUAUUUAUAGCCGUAUAACGGAUAAAUCCUGGACAGCUAUAACACCAGUAGCAGGCAGAAAAUGGAUUUCCUUAGCCCUCUCUCCUAACAAGGAAGCGAGGCAGUUGUACCUUGGAAGAUAUGAUUCCAAAGAACUGUACUCGGUGUCUGUGUCUGAGCUGAAGAAUGAAGGCGGAAGCGCUGCUGUCAAAUUCAUCGGCGAGUGGAAUGGAAACCCGUACAGAAUGUUAAUCGACAGUUCCAACGUCUUCGAUUUCACGAGGUAA